AUGCUAAUAUGGCAGCGCCCUUGAAUUUGUAAACAUGGAAUCUUGGUGACGAAAAUUGUUUACAAGAUUAGAAUAUUUACAGUAAAAUUAACAAAAAUUAUCAAGAGCUGAGAAUGUUGAAUUGCUUGUUUAAUAAAACACUUUUAACCAAACGAAUUAGAUUGUUGCAUAAUUUCAGACUCAAAAGCAGCAAGUCAAAAAAUGAAAAAUCGAGCAGCAAAAGUAAGCGCUAUUCAAAUACUUUAAAUCUACCAGAGACAUUGUUUCCAUUGUCAAUGAAAAAUGGAGCAGCAGCAUUACGUGAACGCGACAUUCAACAGGUGAUUAGUUUAAAUUUAUAUAUAUGACGGUAAUCCCUUAUUUUAGUGCGUUUUAUUAUUUAUUACCAUAUAUGACAAUAUAUUUAUAAUUAUAAUAAUAUAUACAAUUGUAAAUACUUUGCAUAUCAUCGUGGGGAGUACCUUCUGACCUCCCCCCCUUUUUUUUUUCUGCAAAAAAACAGCAAAGUAGGAUUUAUAUCAUAUAGUAUCAUACAGGCCUAUAUUAUAUUUUGUAAAGCCCUAAAGCUUAACCCUUACAUUACCUACCUACUUUUUUGCUAUUUAUAGCCUGGGUACUGGCUAUUAUUUUUCUAAGUAUUCCCUGUCGCCCACACAUUGACAUUAUCUUUUGAAAUGAGGAAAAAUUUGAUAGGUUUGCAAAUUAUUUUGUAACUUUUUUGUUUUAAACAAUUAUUUCCUCGUUUUUGUGUUUAAACACUUAACAGUACCAUAGUAUACACUCUUAAUUGUAGGCUAAGCAAAAAUAAUUAAAAAUUUGAUUUUUUUCUUAGAAAAUGCUUAUUUAAAAAAAUCUAUCAAUAUCCAUGUCCUGUGUGUGUGUCUGUGUACAAAUAUUUAAAAUUUGCAUUAGUGGAAAGUACAUUUUCUGUCAUAUGAGCUACCAAAAUGUUUUUAAAGAUCAUUUUUAAGUGUUUAGGUUUUUAAAAUUAAAAUUAAAUUAUGUUUUUAUGCCUCUUUUAAAAUUUGGAAAAACCAGACUAAUGCAUUCAGAGAAUUACACCGUUACGUAGUUCUUGCAAAUAAUUACACAAACGUACUUGUGAUAAUGGUUUACCACCAACUGAAAUUAGUGAAAUGCUCUCAAGCUUUCUACUACCCUCUGUCCAUCCAGCAAUAUGUAAAUACUGGUCACUGAAGCAUAGCUCUCAAAUUCUAUAUUUAGACUUUACCAAAAAUAUAUAGCAUACCUAUCCCAAAGGUCACUUUGAUCUUACUAAUAGGGUUUAAACUUCAUUAUGACCAAAAAUGAUGGUCUUGUAAGAACUAAACAAAUAUUCCUGUCAUUUUUGAAUGUGUGCAAUUAUUUUUUAUUAAUUCAGUGAAAACCUGUCCAAAACUGUAUGGCCAUACAUAUCUUAAACACUUACAAACAUGUAGAAAGUAUAGGUACAAAAUUUUAGCUGGUAAGUAUGCAUAAGCAUAAAUUUGAAGUAGGAGGAUGAAAGUGAAAGAUGACUACAUAUGCACUCAGUUCCCUUUAGGGAUUCCUAAGAAAAGUGAUGUCAUUGUCAAUUUUGCCUUCACAUGCAAGGGGGAAGACAGAUGGGAUUUUUGUAAAUCCCUCCCUUGACUUAGGGACAUUCAUUAAAUCUUUACUCACUUUUACAAAAAAAUAGUUUUGACAGACAAUAAUUUUAUCUUUCAGACUAGUUCUUUUCAGACUUUGUAUCACUGGCAAAGGAAACAAAGCUGGGAUAAGGAAUUUGUCCUACAUGAUGGACCACCUUACGCUAAUGGAAAACCUCAUGUGGGGCAUACAGUUAAUAAGGUAUUUUUAAAAAUAAUCUUUACAACAAAAAAAACUUAUACAAAAAAAACUUAUUAUGUCUUUAAGCAUAAGAGCCUAAUUCAUAUAUAUUAAAGAAUCCAGUUAGGAAAGACAUUGUGAGACACUAGAUUUAGAUAAAGUAAAGAUGUAUUAGUUACUUUAAAAAGACAUUUGUAACAAUUAAUUAAAAAAAUUAACUUUUAUAUUUUUUAAUUGCAAUCAGGUGUUAAAAGACAUAACUAACCGAUAUAAAGUAUUAAAGAAACAUAAAGUUCACUACCGACCAGGCUGGGACUGUCAUGGAAUGCCCAUUGAAGUUAAAGCUAUUACAGACAAAAAGGGAAAUCAUCUUCAAUUAACACCUUUAGAAAUAAGAGCCAAAGGUAUGAAUGUAUAGUAUAAAUAAAAAAUAAACUCAUUUUUAGUUUUAUCCUCCAUGUAAGUUAAUAGAAGAUUUUACCAAUCCAUUUUUAACUGUACUGUUUAAAAAAUAUUUGAGUAAACAUAUCAUAUAAAUAAUAUGUUGUUUCUAAACAACACUCAACAAAAGAAUUUAUUAACUUUUUCAACUCAUUUCUCAACAAUUUUUUUUUUAAAUCUCUAAACUUAUGGGGAUUAGUUUUAAUUAUGAGCACCACUAACACAUGAAAUGACACUGUGGCAUUAUGUGAUUUUGUAUAUAUUAAAAAUUUGUGGUCAAGAAAUUUUCUUAAAUGAAAAUAAUUUUGAAUGCACAAUUAAACAAAAAUUUAUUUUCAAAAAUAAUAUUUCCAACAAAAAUAGGAUUUUAUUUAAACAAAUUUCAGCCCAAAAAUUUGCAGAGAAAGCUUUGCUUGAGCAAAAAGCAGCCUUUCAGCAAUGGGGAGUCAUGGGGGACUGGAACAAUGUUUACAAAACAUCAGCACCAGAAUAUGAGGCUAAACAGUUGGAGGUUUUCUAUAAGAUUUAUAAUAAGGUAAUUUUACAUAACACAAUUUCUGACCAUGCUCUACUCUAAAGAAUGCUCUCACAAUUGACAAAGAAUUUGAGAUGUUAUUAAAAGAAAAAAAUAUAAACCUAUUUAAAAUGGUUUACUCUGCUUAAUUUUCUGAGGCUAAUAAAUUUGAUUUUGUUCCAGGGUUAUAUUUACAGAGAUUAUAUGCCAGUCUACUGGUCUCCAUCAUCUCAGUGAGUCAACAUUUUUUUCCCCCACAUAGUACAUUAGGUAUGAAUAAAAUCAGACUCAUAAUUAUUUUGUAUUAUGCUGAAGCCUGGAUUAAAUCAUUAUAAACCAAAAUGCUACCAUACCCUUUUCAUCAACAUUCCAUAUUUGACAAAUCUGUGUCAUAGUUUUCAUACAUUUUGUCUUGAUACUUGUCAGGUCAGCACUUGCAGAAGCAGAGCUGGAGUACAACUUAGAUCAUGUCAGCAAAUCAGUGUAUGUCAAGUUCCCUGCCAUGAUGCCACAAUUCUCUAAUACUUUAGGUCAGUCAAGUCUAACUCUUAGUGAUGCAAAAUAGAUUACAUGCAUGAAUGAAAUUUGACGGUUAGAUCUAGGUUCUAAACACACACAAAAAAAAAAAAAAUUCUAAAAUUCAUCAAGAUUUUUUGUUUAGUAAAUUUUGUUACGAGCUAGAGACAACUAUUAUUUUUAUUUCAAUAUUGAUAUCUUCAAAUGACUUCAUUUUAUUGUUCCAUAUAUGCCAAAAAGAGUCAUAUUGAGUUUUUCUUUACUUUGUUUCAGGAACCAAUGCUCAGGUUUAUGCAGUGGUGUGGACAACAACACCAUGGACUCUUCCAUUCAACCAAGCAAUCUGUUACAGCUCUAAAAUAAAGUACCUCAACAUUUUGUUUCUUUUAAUUAAGGAAAAUUAAGCUACCCUUUUUAAAAUUAAAUUAAAUAUGUUUUAGAAUUUGUUCUAACACCACUGAACUGGCCCUUUUGUGAAUGAUUUAUAAAUACCAAUUUAAACUCACAUGGCUUAUUAUUAAUUUAUCCAGGUUACUGUCAGUCAAUAACUAUCUAUUUUUUGUAUAUUCUGUUCUAACCGUAAAGCUAUCCAUAAUUGAUUUAUGAUACCGUAAUGUUGUCAGUGUUCCCUCUCAUACCAGGUCAAUCAUUAUGCAGGGUUUACUUAGUGUUACAUGCUUGGUGUAUUAGUUAUGCAACGAUGAAUUUUCUGGGAUAAAACUCCAGGUCUUCCAAGAUGAAUUCUAGAUAUUUCCACUAAGUUAUUCAUUGAGACCGCUCAUUAGAAUUUUAAAACUUUAUUUCUAAAUUAUAUUCAAAAUAAAAAGAAUAAGCACUGACAUUAAGUUCUGAAGAAAAAAAAGGGAGGUGGGGGGUAUUUUAUUAAAAAUACAUUUUAUUUUAUCUAUCUAAGCCAGGGGUCUCAAACUCGCGGGCCAUUUGCAGCCCGCGAGAUGAUAUUUUGCGGCCUGCACGCUUUCCAUCUUCUCCCAUCUAUUAUGUGACCCUUCAUGACAGUUUAAGUUGAAUCUUACAGACUAGUCUAAUUCUAAUUUUAUUUUGUUUGUGUAGAUUUGGACAUUGAUUAUAAUGGUAAAACUGUUUUAAAAUCGGACUCAAAGUUUUUAUUUUAUAGUAUUUUAUGAGAUAAACAUGGCCAAAGUGCGGUUUUGAGAAAAGUUUAAAUAUUCAGUUAGUGGUUGAUGCACAACCAUAAUUGUAUAGAUAGCAAUCUGACACAGUAUAAAGGAUCCCUAUUAAAAUUGCCGCUAGUGUUUACGAGUGAGGGAAAUUCCGACCCUGUCAGCUUAUCACGUUCAAAAUAGGGUUUGUCAAAAAGGCCUUUUCUAAGAUGAAAAAUCAAAAUGCACUCUACCUAUAAUAGCAUCUUCCUUCACAUCAAUAAUUCAUAAAAAUGGCCUGCCCCUGCCUACUGUUUGAACACGUUUUAGGAUGGGGUGGUUGUUCCUGUACUAAGUGAUCCCAAAUAGGGUCAACAAAAAGUUAUGAGACCAGGGGAAGCUUGUCAGAGUUGCCUAUGACAAUGUGAGGGCAUUAUGCACAAAAGUUAUGUUAUGGUUCGCAGAGAAACCUCUGUACACAAAGUACUCAUGGACUCGGGCAGAACAUUCAGUAGUUAGUUUACUGAUGCCAUUGCAAAGCUACAGGAAAAAUUUGAUCACAUGUUUUCAGACCUCAAAACACACAGAGUCACUUUUCACAUUUUAGCCGACCCUCUCUCCUUCAAUGUGGAAAAUUCCCCACCCCUGCGCUUCAAAUGAAGGUGAUUAAUCUUCAGUGGAAUUCUAAGUUCAGGGAGGUGAAUUAUAUAAAUAACAGACAAGCAUGGACAAUUUAUGAAAGCAUUGCCUUCAACCUUCCCUGAGAUUUCCAGGUUUUUCAAGUGGAUCAUGUGCCUUUUUUUGGGAGUACCUAUCUGUGUGAAAAGCUCUUUUCCACUAUGAACUUUAACAAGUCAAAGCUCAGGGGCCAAUCUUGCUAAUGAGCAUCUUUAAGCUAUACUGAGGGUCUCAGUUGCUUCCUGACUCAAGCCAAAGUUGCUCAGCUGUGUAAGAAGAAGCGAUGCCAGGACUCUGGCAAAAAGGAGUAGGAGGAAGAAAGUGAAGCCUAGCUCUUGAGAACCCUUAAUGUUUUUAUUUUUUAUUAAUAAAGAUUGAGCAGAUUGUAAAUCUAACUUUAUUGAAUUUGUAAUUGCUUUUUUGUGUGGAAUACUUAAUGCGGCCCAGUCUCACUCAGACUCUACCUCCUGUGGCCCCCGGAAGAUUUGAGUUUGAGACCCCUGAUCUAAGCUCUGUACCGUAUGAAUAAAUUAGAUAUUCCACUGGAAAUUGUAUUCCAGGAACUUGAUAACUCAAAGUAUUCUGUGUUUUCUAGAUAUGGAUUUUUGCGCAAUGGAAAAAAUGCAGAGAUUUAUUUGUGUGAGGAGGCUUUUAUUGAGAAGCUCGGCCAUCUGCUGUCCAAUGAUCUGGAACUUGUUUUAUCUGUUGAAGGUAGUGAUAUGCUUCCUUAUGUUCAUUUUAAUAGUUUUAAUGUCUUGCUCAGUUGAACCAAAGGAAAUUAACUUAUUAAAAAUAGUGAAAAAAAACAAACCAUUAUUAAAUGUUUUAUAAUAUAGGAACUGCAGUUACAAAAAAAAAAAAAAUGUAAAUAACAAAUAAAUACUAGAGAUUUAAUGUUCAAAAAUGCAGAUCCAGUGUAUAUGAACCUUGUGUUACAGGUGUGUCACUGCAAGGAUCUUUCUACACACAUCCUAUCACUGGACAAAAGCUUCCAUUCUUGCCAUCUACCCAUGUUUUGCCUGGAAAGGGCACUGGACUGGUCCACAUUGCUCCAGCUCAUGGGCACGAUGAUUUUGGUGUGGCCAGGGAACAUAAACUUCCAAAAGUAAGACCAGAGAAAAGCUUGAGUUAACAUAAUAAUUUUGCUGUAAGUAAGAAACAGUUAUAAGAUAGAGUAAAGAAUGACUGAUGUCCAUGUGAAGCAAAUUAUUUCUUAAAUUUUUUUAGUCUUUAUCUUUAGUUGCUUUUAAAGAAUGUUAGUUUGAUUUUUUUUAUGUUUCCCUUUUUAGGAAUGUCAUGUCGAUGAGAAAGGAAGAUAUGUCUCAGGUGUAAAAGAAUCUCUUACUGGAAAAACGAUUGGUGUUGAUGCAGAUGAAGCAGGUAAUAAUAAAUUCAUAAGGCAAAAGAGACACAUUAAAAGACCUCCUUUUUUUCUAUAUAUAAUAAGGAAGAUUACACAAAAUAUACACACAAUAUAAAAGCCAUUCUAACAAAAUAUUAAAAGUAUUUGUCAAUUUUAGUGAACAGUUUUUUUUCCUAAUAUUCCACGUUGCUGUGAUUGGUCAGAUGAGAAUUACCCAUUAACCCCUAACCUUUCCUCUCUGAUAUAUUACAUCUCCAGUGAUAGCAGAAUUGGGUGAACACUUGAUGAAAACAGAAGAUUAUGUGCACAGCUAUCCAUAUGAUUGGCGGACUAAAAAACCAGUCAUAAUAAGAGCCAGCAAACAAUGGUUUGUCGACCUGACUGCACUUAAACCACUUGCUCUGGUAAAUUUCUAUUUGUAAAAAUGAAAAAAAAAUGUUUUCUUUUAACUCUUGAUACUACGACAGGGACACAUUUUUUAAACUGAAAUUAAAUUAAUUGAUUCUAAUAAUGAACUUGAUUGAUGUUCUAAGUCAUCUUUUCAUGUCCUCAUCCUCCUCAUCCUCAUGUCCCUUAGUCCUCGGACCGUUGGGGUGCCACAGAUGACAUGUGAACCAUCCUUUUCCAUUCCUCUGUCUUCAGCACUACGCACUGCAUCGCCCAGUGUUAGUCCUGUCCACUCUUUGAUGUUAUCCUCCCAUCUUUUUCUUUGUCUUCCUCCUCUUUUCCCUCCUCUUGUGAUGCCCUGCAAUAUUUCCUUGGCCAGCCCUUGUUUCCUUGUUACGUGGCCGUACCAUUGUAGUUUGCAUUUUUUCACAGUUACCAGUAGGUCAUCGUACUCCCCCAUUGCCUGAUGAACCCUUUCUUUCAAUGUAUCAUUGGAGAUGUGGUCCCUUUAGCAGAUGCCGAAAAUGCUUCUGAAGCAUCUCAUCUCCAUCGCCUUUAUUUUCCUUUCAAGAUCGGCUGUUAAUGUCCAGGACUCGCAUGCAUACAGGAAAAUGGAGAGAACUAAUGAGCGCAUCAGCCUGAUUUUGGUGCUGGGGGCUAUAUUUUUGUCAUUCCAUAUUUUCUUGAGCUUCUUUAGUGCUGUUGUAGUCUGCGCAAUCCUGGACAUCAGUUGGGGCUUGGAGCCUUCUUCUGAGACUAUUGCUCCUAGGUAUUUGAAGCGGCCGACGGUCUCUAAUCUUUCCUCCCCGACAAUUUCAGUGGUGAUGCCUGCGGUAUUAUUUGUCAUCAGUUUUGUCUUUUUCGGCACUGAUUAGCAUACCGUAGGACGACUAGGUCUUAUCGAGAUGCUUUACCAUGUUGGCUAGCUCUUUUUCGUUCCCAGCCAGUCAGUCUAUGUCGUCCGCAAAGCGUAGUUUGUUAAUUGUUCUGCCACCAAUGCAGACUGUCCCUUCAUGCGCUUCCAGAGCAUCUGACAUAAUUCUCUCUAGGAAGAUGUUGAAUAGGGUGGGGGAGAGCAGGCAGCCUUGUCGUACUCCAACCGUGGUCUUGAACCAUUCUCCGAUGUUGUUGCUGAGGAAGACUGCACUGGUGACCUUAUCAUUAAGGUUGCAUAUCAUGCUGGUUAGGUUUGUGUUGAUGUUGUAGUGCCUCAUGGUGGCCCAUAAAGCAGCAUGCCAAACCCUGUCAAAUGCUUUCUUGAAAGACGUUGUAUAGAUUUUGUUGGUGUUGAGCAUAUUUCUCACAUAGUAUUCGGAGGUUUAGAAUCUGCCCAGUAGUGCCCCAUCCUUGUCUGAAGCCCGCCUGUUCUUCAGCAAUGAUUCUGUCGGCAUAUGAUUUUAGUCGGUUCAAUAUGACCUUCAGCAUGACCUUGCUUGGAUGGCUUAUUAGGCUGAUUAUGCGAUAGUUUUGGCAUAGAUUUAGGUUACCUUUUUUGGGGAGGGUGAUGAUGAGCGAUUGGGUCCAUGGUUUGGGCCAUUCUCCUGUUAGCCAUAUUUUGUUAAAAAUAUUGAAUAGGGCACUUAUCAUUGCUUCUCCUCCUUGUUUCAUCAACUCGGCAGGGAUAAUAUCCACUCCUGCGGCCUUUCCUGUUUGGAGUGCCUGGACUCCUGCUUCUACUUCUGCGUGGAGAAUAGGGUAGUUAUCAUUGUCUGUUGCUGGAGGGACAUUAAGGAUCUCUGGGUCUAUCUUUAUACUUUCAUUAUAAAGCUCUGAACAGUAUUCAGUCCAUCGUUUGAUUGAUAUUCACAUUUACCAUUUUUAUCCUGUAUGGUAGUACUACUCCCUUGUUUUGCAGUGGUUAGUUCUUUUGCCAUCUGGUAAGCUUUUUUGCUAUUGUUUUUCUUCAAGCAGUUUUCAAUAUCGUAGCAUUGCUCUUCAAGCCAGUUCUUCUUUGCCCUUUUCAUACUUUUUUUGAUGGCUUGAUUAACUGUCCUAUAUUUAAUGGCUCCCUCUGUAAUUACCAUUUUUGUUUUCUUUAACUGCCUCCGUUUAUCACACAGAUCAAGUAUGUCAGCUGUCAUCCAUGGUUUUCGGGUUGAUCGAUGUUUACCGAGGAUGUCGUGAGCUGUGUCCAUCACAGCUGUGUUGAAGUUAUCAAUCAAUGUGUCCAUGUCUGAACAGUCGGCAUCUAUGAUGUUAAGCGCUGCAAAUUUUCCUCCUAUUAUUACUUGGAAGGCUUCUGCUACUUUAGGUUCCUUCAGCUUUUCAAGGUCAAAUUUGAUUCUGGUAUUUCCUUUUUUGUUUACCCUCUUUAAGUGCAGUCUAAAGGUCAUCAUGACUAGGUCGUGGUCGCUCCCGAUGUCAGCUCCAGGGAAGCUGCGAGGCUUGGCAAUGUUUAUACUAGACCGGAAGCAUGUUUGCAACAUGAUGUAGUCAAUCUGGUUGUGGUGUUUCCCAUUGGGGCUGUACCAUGUGGUUUUCCUGGACAUUUUAUGUUCACCCAAUGUGUUAGCCAGAAUGAGUUCGUUGAAGCUGGCGAAUUCCAAAAGCCUCAGACCAGUGGCGUCUGCACAUUCCUUUCUAGUUUUCAUAGGCAUUUUCUCCUACCUUGGCAUUUCCAUCACCUUGAACAACAAGAACGUCCUUCUUGGGUGUUUGGUUAGCACAUCCUGUAGCUGAUGGCAGAAGUCGUCCACUUCCUCAUCAGUAUAAUCUGUAGUUGGAGCAUACGCCUGCACGAUGGUGAUGUUGAACGGUGUUGCCCUUAGAUGAAGAGUGAUGAGCCGGCUCGAAACCGGUCGACAGCUCAUACUUUUCUUAAUGUUUUUGUGGACGAGGAAGCCAACUUUUCAUGUCAUCUACAAGAAAUUCUUCUAAUCUAUUUUUUUUUUCCUCCUGUCAACUUUCUAAUUUUUCCAUUCAUUUAUAUUUAUAUUUUAAUAAAUCUUGAAUAAAUUAAUUUCUAUUUGAUGCAAUUAAAGCAGUUAUUCUAAGACAAUUUUCUUAAAAUUCAAGAAAUGAUUGACAUCAAAGGGAAAUAACUUAGAAUAGCUCGUAUGUAAUGGUGCAAUACUUUAAUUAAGCCAAAAAAAACAAAGAAGAAAAAAGUACUCUGAUUAAGCCUGCAGUCCAAAAGCUAGGGCUUGAGCUCAAUUUUUUUUUCGUCCAAGGAUCUAGCAUACAAAUAUUCAUCUCCAGAGUUUUUAUUUUGUGCAGUAAUGUUAUCCCUGUAGUUUUAUGAUUAAUGAUGUAUAUACAAUUAAGAGAGCUUUAGAAUGGGUUAAAAAUGUAAUUUAUUCCAUCCGCACAUUUGUCUUCAUUCAGAACAGUUUGGCGGAUGUGAAAAUCAUGCCUCAUCAGUCUGAACGUGGGAUGAUCACUGAACUCAAUACCCGACCCUACUGGUGCAUUUCAAGACAGAGGACUUGGGGUGUCCCUAUGCCUGUGUUUUACAACAAUGCGACAGAUGAGCCACUUGUGACCAGGUAAAAAACAUCUCUCUUUCUCUCUCUCUAUGUAAUGUAUAUAUAUACACACACACACACACACAUAUAUAUAUAUAUAUAUAUAUAGAUAGAUAGAUAGAUAGAUAGAUAGAUAGAUAGAUAGAUAGAUAGAUAGAUAGAUAGAUAGAUAGAUAGAUAGAUGUAUAUAUAGAUAUAGAUAUAUAGGGAUGUUAAAAUCAUUAAAUAUGUUUUCUUAAUGUUAAUUUUAGGAUUUUUAAAUUAAACUUUUCUUAUUCAUAUUUUUAUGAAGUUAAAAAAUUUACCAUGCAUUAAUGCUCCUAAAAAUAUCUCCUCAGUGAAACUGUUGAACAUUUGAGAGAAUUAUUUCUGAAGCAAGGUUCUGACUGUUGGUGGAACUUAUCAGUAGAGGAAUUAUUACCGAAUACUCUCUUGGCUAAAGUAGGUUAUUAUGAAGACUGGUUAGCUAUUAUAAAUCAUUAGUACUAGAUUAAUUCAUAAAUGUUAUUUAGUGUUAAAUAUAAAAAUAUUAUUUUUUAUCAACUCAAAAUCGCCCAAAAUAUGAAAUUUUAUAUUUCAAUUUAAGUUUAUUAUAAGUAAAAAGUGGGGCAAUGUUAGAGUUGAAAACAAUGAAGGAUAAUUUUUAGGGCACAACAGAAAAUAAAGUUACCAGUGAAUAUAAAAAAAGCCAAAGAAAGAAAAGUUACAUAUUUUUUAAUGUUUAAAACAGUACAUAAUAAUAUUUAGACAUUUUUUUUUUUUUUUCCAUUUAUUGUGCAUCAGCAAGUGCUGCCUUGCAGUUUCGCCUUUAUAAUUUCUUCCAGAUAAACAAAGGAGAAAGCAGCAACUAUAAGAAAGGAUCAGAUAUCCUGGACAUCUGGUUUGACAGUGGUGUGUCAUGGGCGUCUGUCUUACAAGGUAGAUUCAACUUGAUUUUAGUGCCUUUAUUACAACAAAAAAAAAACUGAUCAAGUUAGUGGGAUCCAACAUAUAGUUGAAAAUUGAUAAUGAUUAUCACAAGACCCUAAAAUUGAGGAGUAUAUCUCAGUUCAAUGAUCUAUUUUUUCAAUGCUUGGAAAUUAAGUAACAUCAUCAAUUAGAAAUAACAGAAUCUCUUUAAGUUAGUUUUUUUUCUACUUGAAUUAACUAUAAAAAUAGAACUUUUGACAAGGAAAGGAAAUAUUUAUUUUUAUGCUCCCCUCUAUUCUUAAAAUAAAUUCUGAAACCAUUAAGGCUCUUUAUAAUUUCAUAAACUUAUAAUUGUGUGUUUAGUUUCACAUGCAAAGUUAAUAAGGUGUUGACAAAAAGCUACCGAUUUUUCAGACUACAAUGGCCAAGCUGAUGUGUACAUGGAAGGUAUUGACCAAUACAAAGGUUGGUUUCAAACUUCAUUGUUGACAAGUGUGGCAGUCAAUGGAAAAGCUCCUUACAAGUAAGUCUAAUUCUUUGGCUUAACUUUUACUUAGGCUUUAUAAAUUUUGAAUACUUGGAAAUUGCUUAUUUUAAAACAAAAAUUACAAAAAGGUGCAUCAUUGUUAUUUCAUUUUCUUUGUAGAUUGCUAUUAUAUUUUUUGUUUGCUAUAGCAAAUUGUUAAAGGAAGUAAUUAAAUAGUUCAAUCAAACCAGGCAAAUAAUUACACAUGGGUUUGCAACAGAUGAACAAGGAAAGAAAAUGUCCAAGUCUGUUGGGAACGUUGUUGACCCAGAAGAGGUGAUCAAUGGAGGAAAAGUGAGUUUUAUUUGUCAUAGUAAGAGACUCGGUGGAAAUGUUUCAGUUUCAGAUGUUUCAUUAACAAAGUAAAACUCAAUACAAUUUUUAUAAAGAAACUGACAUGUCUAUUUUCUUUGUAAUCUUGCAAAAAAUUAAUUUUUUGGAUUUUGUUUGAAUUUUUAAUUAUAAAAAAAAUCUGAAACAAUUUUCAAACUGUAUAAUUUAUUCAGCUAAAUUUGUUACUUUUUUAAAAUAAAUUUCUUAAACUAUUGAUUUCUGUGAUUGAAAUUUAUUAAAGUUAAUUUAAUACUAAUAAUUACAUUAUAGGAAAGAUAAAAUAAUGCAUCCAUUCAUUUUUUCCUUUUAAGCACUUGAUCAAGGCAUAUGUAAUCAUAUAAGACAAAUCUAGUCAUAUUCUAAUUAUUAUUAUUAUUAUUAAAUAUAUAUAUAUAUAUAUAUACAUAUAUAUAUAUAUAGCUAUAUAUAUAUAUAUAUACGGUAUCUAUAUAUCUAUACACACACACACAUGCUAUUAGUGUCUUUUAUAAAAAUCUAAAUUACCAUUAUUAAUCUAAUUUUCUUAUAGGACAAGAAAAUUUCCCCAUCCUAUGGUGUUGAUGUGUUACGAUGGUGGGUGGCUCACAGUCACCAGCACCAGCAUAUAAUGGUGGGACCAUCUAUGCUACAGAAGUUUCAAGAAGAUGUUUUUAAGGCAUGUACUCUUGAACUGCUACACUAAAUGUGAUAACCUCAUUAACCACUUUCAAGGCAUGAUGUAAACAAGUUUUUUUUAUCGUACUUGAGAGUCUAUAAACAACCUUAUAAUUAGAAGUCUGUUAUUUCUGAUGAGUUAUAAGCUUUGACCACAAAUAAGGUGCAGCCUCUAGCAAGAGAAGUUUCCUUAUGUAAUAGUGUUUUGCCUUGUUACAAAUAUAUCAGUUAAUUAAGGAAAACUUAACCAUGCCAUAGCUAAAUAUAGUUAUAAGCUCUUAUUUCCCUUGAAAGCCAUUUAUAAUUGCUUAUUGGAUCCAUGGUCUUGUCCUUUUAGUAAAAUAAUACAAAUUCUUUUUGCUAGAGUUCUAAUAUAAUAAAACUGAUAUCAACAAUUUUAUGGACCAGUGGGUCCAAUGAAGUUAUAAUUAUAAUAUGCAAUAAUGAACAAAAAUUUGUUUCUCCAGAUAAGAAAAUGCAUGCGUCAUCUUUUGGGCAACUUGCAUGAUUUCAACCCCAAGACAGAUUUGGUGCCGUAUUCUAAGCUUGGAGCUGUGGAUAAAUAUUUUCUCUACACACUCUUCUCUGUAGUUAACCAGGUACAUUUGUUACAUUACAUACUGAUUGUAUAGUGGCUUCUAAGUGAUGAAAUUAGGAAUCUACUGUGAUGUAAGAACGUGGUGUAAGAACAAGGCUCAAUCUCAUAGUCUUUGAGACUAAAUGGGGUUAGUAUGCCUAAAACAAGUGAUGGCAAUUGCAUUGGAGGAAUGCCUAGCCAUGAAUAAAACCUGUGCUGGAAACAGGCAAAACUUUGAUGUUUCAGCUUAUUGCUGUUUUUUUUUUUUUUUUUUUUAAACUCUUGGAUUUAUUUUUUAUAUUCUAGAUGGAGGAGAGCUAUGAAACAUUCAGUUACCAUAAAGUGAUUCAGUUGCUAGAGAAGUUUUUUUUUUUUUUUUUUUUUUUUUUUUUUUUUUUUUUUUUUUUUUUUAAACUCUUGGAUUUAUUUUUUAUAUUCUAGAUGGAGGAGAGCUAUGAAACAUUCAGUUACCAUAAAGUGAUUCAGUUGCUAGAGAAGUUUUUCUAUUCUGAUCUGUCCAGCUUUUAUAUCAGCAACACACAUGACAGGUAAAGAGGAGAUAUUUAUUUGAUUGAUUUAUCACUGAGAAAAUUUUUCGGUAAUAUAGUCCUUGAUUUUUUUGGUAAACCUCCUGCUAAAUAUAUAGGCCACAUUUAACUGUCAAUCAGAUGUAUUUUUAUCUUUAUAAUAUCGAGAAGACUUAUAUUAUUUAAUUAUGUGCAUAUUUCAUUGUUGUCAUUGAUCAAGCCCAGCAUGUAAAAGUUUGACCAUUGUUUCCAGGUGUUACUGUAGCGGAACAAAUGAUGUAGCCCGGAGAUCAAGCCAAACUGUUCAGUACUUUGUGAUCCAGGCUAUUACCCCAGCAUUUUCACCUAUCAUACCUCACUUGGCAGAAGAGAUUUAUAAGCAUAUGCCAGGAUAUCAACCAGACAAUCCUGGUAGAUUGUUUUUUUUUAGUAUUUGGUAAAAUUAAAAUGAUAAAUCUUGGUAGUAAGUAUUGAUUAUUUGUCAAAUCAAUUUCAAAACUGGUUAGCAUAAAGUGCAGUUUCAACCAAAGGUCUCUGCAGAUCAGUUUGAAAUACUUUGCUUUAACACAUGUAAAGAAAAAAAAGUACCAUAUUUUUGUGCAUAUAAGACGCACCUAAUUAUAAGAUGCACCCGUACAUAAGACGCGAGUUUUGACGAUUUGUGUAAAAAAUAUUUUGCAUCAGACGCACCCAUAUAUAAGACACGGGUUUUUACAAUUUGUGAAAACAAAAGUUACAUAAGAUGCACGCGGCCUAGCCAUCUGCGGCACUGAGCAAAUUUAUAUCCAGUGGUUUCCUUCCCUGUAUCAUAAAUGAAAUGAAAAUUUGUCCAAUGUUUCAUCACCCGUUGGAUGAAAAUAAUGCUACAUUACCAUUUUUAGUUUACAGGACCGCAAUGAUUUUUGUUUAUUCUUAUCUGCCGUGGGGGCGAUAGCAGAUGGGUUGAGUACAUGGUAUCUAGAUUCUAGAAACAAUAAACGCCAUAUGUAAAGUCUUCAGCGAGUGUUAUUAGUACCAUACAUAGACCAAUAAAUUGACGAUUUGUGUAAAAAUUAUUACACCCUGGUAGCGGGGCAUGUAAAACUUUGUAUAAGACGUGUCUUAUAUAUGCGAAAAUAUGGUAUAUCGAUUUUAGGAAGAGAUUUACCAAUGAAAGUCGAAAACAAUUAUGGAAUUUAGCUAAAACAGUUUUAACUGUAACUUCUUUCACUGCCACUCAUUUAUGUUCUUUUUCCCCAGCUGUUGAUAGUAUUUUCAAAUUGGGAUGGAGUCAUCCAGAUCCAGAAUGGAAUGAUCCUAGUGCCGUAAAUAAAUUGUUGCCAGUGUUUGAUAUCAGACGUGCCCUCAUGGACAAAGUGGCCCCAGAGAGUCCAGUAGAAUUUGAUAUACACAUAUACAGCAGUCCACGGCUUCAUGAUUUACUUAGAGUGAGUUAGUUUAUCUUUCUUCUUAGUGCCCCCCCCCCCCAAAAAAAAACAACAAAAAACACACACACCAUACAACUAAAUGUUGUGUAACACCACUGGUGAUUCAGGUUUUUCUUAAAAUCUGAACUUAGUAUUGAGAUGGUCCUGGACAAAUUUUGGGAAUAGUGUAUGAUAUGCAAAAAUGGUUCUUAUAAUUUUGUGCAUAAUAUUAUCAAAACCAUACACGGUAACCAAAUUAAGAACCAUUUCUAUCGAAAUUAUCCUUUUUUUUUUUCUAAAAAAAUUAUAAUAUUAAAGUUGUUGAGAAAAAUUCACUCUCCGUUUAAAUCUCUUAUACAUAUUUUUCCUCUGGUGUGGCUGCUUCCUUUUCACAAGCGGCCUUCCCCCUACUCAAAUGUUUUAUAUUAAUGGUACCUAGUUACAACAAAAAAAAAAAAAAGCUAUCAAGCUGCAACCGUCACUUACAUAUUUUUCCUUUGGUGUGGCUGCUUCCUUUUCACAAGCGGCCUUCCCCCUACUCAAAUGUUUUAUAUUAAUGGUACCUAGUUAAAAAAAAAAAAAAAAAAAGCUAUCAAGCUGCAACCGUCACGCGUGACAGUUGUAUUCCGUAAAAAGGUUGAAUUUUUUCAGAUGCGACUAUUGUAUAAAUAAAUAAAAAGCCCCGGGGAUGGUGUAGGAAUCUGUGGGACUGUCUGUAGGCCUAUUUUUUAAAAGCUGGUAGUUAGGGUGUAUAACUGUCUGUAGGGUGUAGGACUGUCUGUAGGCCUAUUAUUUAAAAACUGGUUGUUAGGGUGUAGGACUGUCUGUAGGGUGUAGGACUGUCUGUAGGCCUAUUAUUUAAAAGCUGGUAGUUAGGGUGUAGGACUGUCUGUAGCCCUAUUGUUUAAAAGCUGGCAGGUAGGGUGUAGGACUGUCUGUAGGGUGUAGGACUGUCUGUAGGCCUAUUAUUUAAAAGCUGGUAGUUAGGGUGUAGGACUGUCUGUAGACCUAUUGUUUAAAGGCCGUCAGGUAGGGUGUAGGACUGUCUGUAGGACAUUUCUCAAAAUAAACGGACCUGUUGUAAAAAAAAAAAAAACUGCACCCGGUUAAGCACUAGUAUUUAAUAUUUUUUAUAAUUAUAUUCAAAGUUUAAAAAAAAAAUCAGUUGUAAACUAUUUCCAAUUCCCCUGUUUGACAGGAGCUGCAGCCAGAGGUUACUUCAUGUACAUCUUCCCUGUGUGAGAUCUUCCAAACCUCCCAGGUGUCCGUCCUGGACACUCCUCCUGCCAUCAUCCCUGAUGACAGUUUUAUCCUUGAAGGCAGCACUCUUGUCUUGGCCAAUGGUAUGAUAGUCCAUGGAGUGACAGUUGCAAUCAUUUACUCUGCUACAAGCAAAAUAAUAAAAUACCCCACUCAGCCUUAAUAUUAUGUUUCCAAAAGAUAACAAGUGUCUUCUAAUAAUUAAAAAAUAAAAACAAAUUCAAUAAAAACUCAACCGUAAUGUCUCUCUUCAGAAUCAUCACCAGAUACAGAUGUAGAUUACAAGAUACUUGUGACCUCUGCUUCACUAAACAUCUGUGAGAGAUGUCGCAGAUAUACAGCAAAGUCAGCCAGUUCUCCAUGUGAUAGAUGUAUUAAUGCAAUAGCUCAUGACUGGGCUACAUGAUCAGUUAUCUUCAGCUUAUACAAUCUAUUUUUAACAAAUAAUUAAUGGUUUUUGUCAGUGUUUCUUUAAAUAUAUUACUGUAUACAUUUUUUGUUUUGUAAGAUAACAUUUGCAUUGUUACCUUUGAUUUCCUAAAUUUACUUUAACCAAAUGUAAUACUGGUACACAAUAAGUUGAGGUAAAUUACAAUUUCAAGGAUUUCAUCCACGGCCCGCCGUGAAAAAAGUUUGGAGACCCCUGCCUUAAAGCAAAAGGUGGUACAAAAUAUUAUAAUGAAACUUGAGUAGAUUUAAUGUACUGUUCCUGAUACAUGCAAUCCUCCUUCCCAAAUUAUCUACUGUUCUUGCAUAGUAUAUAAAUGAAGAUGACAAGAAUAAUUACAAUAUGUACUGUGUUUAUUUGUAUAAUUAAAAUGUUGCACACAUCUCAAAAUAAA